AGCUUGCCCGACCCGCAUGCAAAGGACCACAGCCGCCGCCGAUGCGCUUGAACUCAUUUGCAACACAAUAAAAGAUGCAGCCUAGCUGGAGCGAAUACCUGUACGCGACCGGCGCCCUUGCCCCCGGGGACGAGGCCGUGGAGCGGAUAAAGCAGCACUACCUGUCCGCGUCGGCGGGGCCCGAGCCUCCAGGGCAGCCCGACCCGGAAUCGCCGCGGUCCCGACGGGCCGACGAUAACCUGCAAAAUGCAUCGGACGCUAGCUUCGUCACGAACUACUUCCCCUACGACGCGGACAAAAUCACCCCAACCGCCGCGCCCUUUCGCGGCGGUGGAAGCCUGCAGUUCGGAGGGGCCGUCAGCAGCACAAGUGCGUUCGUUCGGUCUUCCCGGGCCGCGUCGGAUCUCGAUCCGCGGUCCAGCCGCUUGCUCAGCCGGUCGCUUUACUACGGCGAAAACAGUGCCGCCGUGGGCGCAGCUUCUUCGUCGCACCCCCCGCACCACCCCCUUAGCAAGUCGACCAGCGAGCAAGAGCAGCAAAACAACCUCCACCCCGUGUUGGACAAGACGCGAAACUUCUUGCAACACCAGGAGGAGCUGCGCGCGUCCCGGGACCUCUUUUUCGAAAAAGAGAUUGGGCGUUUGGAGAGCGUCGCAGAGGCGGAGAAGGCCAAGGUAGAGGCUUUGGAGCGGGACCUCGAGGAGUUGAGAACGGCGAAAGAAAAAGCCGAGAAGCUCCUGCAGCAAAAGGAAGCGGAGACGAAGGGGCACGUGCACAGUAAGUACCUGGUGUGGCAGCAGCAGCAGCAAGACGCGGGGGUUUCGGAGCGCAGGCUAACCAUGGUGGAAAAGGAGAAACAGGAUCUGAUUCACGAGGUGAACAAGCUGCGCGACGAGCGCCUGCGCGUCAACGAGGAAGUGACGCUGUUGAAGACGCGGGGCAUCGAGCACGAGCGCCGGCUCCAGGAAACAAAGGCGAACUACGAUUCGCAGCUGCAGAAAAAGCAGCAGGACCUCGACUCUCUGCAGGCGCGCCUGCAGCGCGAGCUCGGGCGCGCGCGGGAGGAGCACUCCUUAGCCGAGUCUAAGAUCGCCCGGGAAGCGGACAUAAAACAGCGGGACGGACAGCAAAAAAUCGACUCGCUUGAGGAGAGAGUCGGGUAUCUGCAGCACGAAAUGCAAAAAGCGGCAGAGGUAAUUGGUAGUCUGAUAUAGCACUUGUCUUGCUGUUCCCCAUUGUUGUGCCCUAUUGAUCAGUUUGUUCUAUGAGCCACCGGCUUUCUAAAGAUCCAACUUGCUCUAUCUGAACCGAACCUCUAUCUAACUAUCAUCAGGGCCAUGCGGUAGAUGCUCGGCGCGUGCGCGACGUGGUGGAGGAAGAACGAAAACUGACCGCGAGCCAGCGCAAAGAACACGAGGACCACGUGAAAGCGCUGCAGAAAGCGCAUACUCUGGAGCUGGAUAUCAAAUGCAAAAAUGUCUGGGUCUGGAAGAAUGCAACUUGUCAUGCUAAAUCUGGAAUCCAAAAAAAUCUGUAUUGCAACAUGAGCAGCAAAGGGAGUGCAAUCUUUCCUACGCGGAGGGGGCAUUUGUCAUGCGGAAUAGGCAUCAAGAAGCCUUCAAAAAAUCUGUGAUGCUAGGGCAUGCAUCACAGACAUCAGGGCUCAGGCACGACGUGCAUGACAAAUCUCAGAAUCAUCCAGACCCAGACACUUUUGCAUUUGAUACUGGAAGAGCUGAAACAACAGCAGCGAAAACACGCCACUGAAUUGGAAGAGCAAAUGGCACAGAGCAAAAUCGACUACGACAAGGACACGGCACAGACGAAGGACAAGCUUCAUGUGUGUGAAACCGAGCUGGAGGCAGUCAAAGGUGGCUUAUGUUCGAUGUGAUUUUUCGAGAAGUAGGUCGUCUGGCAUGUGAUGACGAGUCCUCAUGAAUAUAAAUUUUUUGGCACCUCCACCUCCCGUCGACGUCACGCGCCGCGUAGUGAACAACACUUUAUUCGGUCUGUCAUUUCUUUCGCCAAAAUCAAACAGGCAAGCUUUCCGAGCGUGAAAACGAACUAGCCUCCACUUCCGAGUCCCUUGCCAGCGUGCGCAACGAGCUUGAGGAUUUUCGGGGUUCGAAGCGCCGCCUCGAAGCGGUAAAGCAAGAAUUCGAAGAGAAGAAGAAGGAGCUACAGAGGGUCCGGGGUUUGCUGAAAGAACAGCAGGAGCAGCAGCUCGAGCAGAAACGCAAGUACCUGGAAGAGGUUGACGCGCUGCGCGAAUUCGCGAACAAGCACGCCCGCAGCCUGCGCAACGACGCGGACCGGUAUAAGGUGCAGGUGGACCAGGAACAGAAGGACCGGGCCGAAGAGCGGGAGGCCAUGGGCCGCUCGCACGAGGUGCACCUGCGGAAGAUUAGAGAGAAGCACGAGAAGAGGAUCGCGGAAAUGGAGCAGGAACACCUAGCGCAGCUCACCACCGCCGGCCAGCGGUACGACCGCCUCGCGCAGGAGAAAGAAGCGGAGUACGAAAUGCGGAUUCAACAGACCCUGGAACGACACAAAGAAGCACUGGACGCACUCGAAGAGCGCGUGCGCGUCGCCAACACGCACGCCGACCAGCGCGCGGGCGUCGAGCUGCAGAAAAAGACCGUCGAGUUUGAGGCGGAGCGACACCGGCUGGAGCGAAAGCUAGUAGAGGCACAGCAGCGGGAAGCGGAGCACGUGGAGCUGAUGGAGAAGAAUAGACAAACCUUCGAAAAACGCGUCCGGGAAGAAGCGGAAAGCGCCCGGAAGGUUGGUUAGCGUUUCUUUUCUGAUUUCGGAAAUCGACGGAGACUACAUGCAAGUAGUCGAAUUUACCAGGGGCGUGUAGCGAUGGAGUUUCUUUACCGCACUUACGAGUGUGUUUUUGUUUUUUUUGUUCGGGUAAACAAAAAAAAAAAAAAAAUUUUUUCUUGUCCACCGGACGACAAAUUAAAUUUUGCGACGUCCUAUCGUCUACCUUUUGUAGCCUUCACGCAUAGCAGUAACUUUUGGAAUUCUAACUGCGUAUCUCCGGACUUUCUUGUAUUUCACCUUGAAACGAAAAUCUCACAGCGUGAAGAAGCUUUGCAGAAGGCGCGAGAAAAACUCAGCGACGAGAACGAUGCUCUCCGAGAAGAAAAACAAAAACUUGCGAUGCUUACCGCGGCGCAUACGCGAUUAGAGCAAGAUAAGCACGAGCUGCUUUCGAAACUCGAGGCCAAGGACGCUGCCAUUGUGCAACUAGAGGAAAAGGUAUAGGUAGCAGCAUUGGGAGCCCUUUGGUUUUUUACUUCGUGCUGUGCCGCAAUAUCGUCUUCUUCAGUACGCAGAGUUAGAAAUCGAAAUGCAAUUUGUACGACUUGCAGGUGCAAACCGCCAUGAACGUCUACGAAAGCAAGCUGCGCAGCGCGAACCAACAAAAGGAUUUCGAGUGCAACAGUAUACAGUCGUCUCUCCGCGCAGAGUUCGAAGCGAAAACUCGAGACCUGGAAGAACAGCUUGCGCGCGGCCGCGAAGAGCGAGCGGAGCUGGAGGCAGCGCUCGAGGUUCUAGCCCGACAGCACCACGACCUGGUCGCAGAAAAACGAAAGUUACAACAGUACGCCGAGCAGUUGCGAAGAAAAUUUGGCGAAGAAGCGGCGGAGGUACACAGGGAUCUGGGCAAUCUACGCGCGGAAUUUCUUACUCUUGCCGGCGGGAGCAGCAGUUCUGACUGAGCUUUGCAGAAUCUUUCGAACGGCCUGGCAAGCAACAAGCAGGCUGUGCUGGCAAGAGUUUCAUGGCUCAUUACACAUCUGAUUUUUUUUUAACUUGCUGCUUUUGUGCAGGAUGCAGGACGACCUUUGUGUAGUUAGACCAAAUGCAACUAUGUUGAAGCGCAACCAAAUGAAAAGAUGUAGAAUCGCACGCGGCUUGUAAAAAGUGGAAUAAUGAUUUGUAGUUCAAUCCUAAAGGGGUAUGCGCCAUAGCAACUCGGUCUUGGACCUCCUACGCAGCUUUCCAGGGUCGACGAAUGGCAACUAUUUCACCUUGACGCAAACGCAAUCACGAAAAAUCUAAUUCAAGAAACUCAACACUGAAUUGCUGCACGCAAUCACGAAAAAA